AUGUGUGUAGUCCUGCUAGAGGCCGUGACCAAUGGCUGGGCACAGGAAUCUGUGCAGAUUCAGUUCUACAGAGAAGGAGAUACCACCUUAUUAAGCGGACACUGUGGAGGGUUUUUGUUAGCCAGCCUCAGGCAUUUGGUGUGCAACUGCUGUUACUGGACACCUCUGCAUCUUGCUUGUGCAAAUGGCCAUGUGGAUGUUGUUACAUAUCUAGUAGAAAACAACUGUAAGCUAAAUCUUUUUGACAAUGAUAACAGAUCGCCACUGAUGAAGGCAGUGCAGUGCCAGCAAGAAAAAUGUGUGUCCAUUCUGCUAGAGAAUGGUGCUGACCCGAAUCUGGCAGAUGCUGACGGCAACACUGCCCUUCACCUUGCUGUCAUAUCUCCUAAUACAUCUGUAGCAGGGCUGUUACUUGAGCAUAAUGCCAAUAUUGAUGCACAGAAUAAGGAGGGAUAUACCCCGCUUAUUCUUGCUGUCUCUGAACAUCAUGAAGACAUGGUAGAGUUUCUCCUUAAAAAAGGAGCUGACGUGCAUGCUAGAGAUCAGUGUGAAAGAACCCCACUUAUGACUGCUGCUUCUGGUGGGGAGCUUAAUUUGAUAAAAGUUCUUCUUCGGUAUGGUGCUGAUGUUUCCCAUAAAGACACUAAUGGAUGGACAGCUGAGGAUUACGCUGUUAUUCAUGGAUAUUCUAGUCUUAGUAAACAACUGGCAGAGUACGCAGACUGGGAAAACACAGGAGAAGCUUCUGCAGGUGGUGCACAAGGCAUCGUGGUACUAAGCACUCCUCACCGGGCGGGAGCUGCUGGCUUUACAUUGGGCGCACCUGCUGUGGACAGAGGAGGAAUGCAACAAUCUCCUAACCAGACAUCAAGAACAGGAAAAUCAAGGAAAGCAAUAGAUGACUUUUCCCAAGGAGACUCAAUAAGAAGCUCUGAGAAAGAGGGGAGUGAUGACAGUUGGCAUACUUCUGAGGAAGAAGAACUCGAUUUUGCCCCCAAGAAGCUGCAGAAGCCUAACUUGACGCUGUUAAUGAAUGCUUCCCAGCAAUUCAGGAAAAACAAUGAUGGUGAUGGUUCUAGAAUUGAAAGUCCUAAGUCACCAAAGAAAAGCCUCAAACAAAGAACCCCAUCAGAUGCAAACCUGAACAAAGGAAAGUGUGGAGAAUUGUUGAAUCAAGAUGUCUCAGAUGCAAGCAACCUGGAGGAAGAAGAGUUGGAGGAGGAGGAGGAGGAGGAAAAUGACAAUGAUGAUGAUGAAGAUUAUGAGGAGGAAGAGGAAGAAGAGGAGGAGGAUGAAGAUCUUAUUCAAGAUGAAAAGGAGGAAGAAGAUCUGGAAGAUGAAGAAACUCAGUCUAAUGACAUACUAGAGGAGGAGCAGGGGCAGAAAACAGAACCUAAAGGGGAAAUUAAUCAGAAACUGGAGUAUUUUAGUAAUGCUAAGUAUGAAGGGGAAGCUCAGUGUGGAACUGGAGAUGUCUGUGAUGAUGAUUAUAAAAUAAGUAAAGAACUUGACCAAAAGGUGGAGGAAUCUGUUGAUACUCCUGUGUCUUUUAUAGCUGGGAGUUAUGAAACGUUGCAAGAAAAUAUAACUGCUGUGCCUCCAAAGAUAAUGAAUAAUGAAGUAUCUUGCAAGUCCAUACCAAAACAAGCUGUCUUUCAAAAUCUAAAUAAUUUGCAAGAUACACAAGAAAGCUGGAACAGGAAAAGCAUGUUUCAGGAGAAUUUUUACAGAAAUACUGACUCCUCUUUUGCAGACUCUGAAAUGAAAAAAGAGAUACCCCAGCCUCUAUCAGGUAGUUGCGUUAAGGAAAAAAAGUCAAGCUUCAGUGAUGGCUUUGAAAGUGGUAAUAACUCUUGGUCAGCAGCAAAACCCCCAAAGCUAGAAAGUCAAAAACUGAACUCUGUCAUUCUUGAACGUGUGGAUGAUGAAGAUACUGAAGAAGAGCAAUAUGAAGAAGUAGAUGAUAAAGUCUGUGAAGCACUGAAACAGUACAGUGAAAACUUGCGCUUAAAUAAGUGUGAAAAAACUUCGAGAGCAGCAUUUCAUUCAAGCACCAAAGAAGAAUCACCUGAAGAGCAAGAAGAGGGGGAGGAGCAGGAGAAGGAAGACACUGGUGAAGAGCUACGAACUGCAGUUGUUGAGGGUGUGAAAAAUUCUAGUUGUAAUGAUAGCCAUCAAGUCCACGGUGGUUCAAAAGAUAAUGCUGGUGCCCUUCCAGCAGUGGGAGCAGAGGAAGAGGAAGACGAUGAAUCUCCCUGGGAUUCUGAGAUGGAUUCUGAAAGUCCAAGAAAAGUAUCGUCCGCUGUGUUGCUCCCAGCUGCAGACAGACAUGGAUCAUGCUCACAGAUUGUUUCAGGGGAACGCAACAAUGGCUUUUCGGAGAAGCCCAACAAUUCCCAGCUGAAGACUCCCAAAUCUGUUUUGGAAAUGAAUGAAACUUCUCCUAAAAGAAGGCAACAGAAAUCAGAUCUAUUGGAGGAAUUUGGUUUAGGAGAUGCAGAGGACAUUGAAGGUGAGUACUCAGGAUCCACCUUUCAUAUGUCAUCAUCAGCUGAAAAAGAAGACAUCAAGGAUGCUAGUGAAAACUGUGAGGUGUGGGAUAAAUACAUUUUAGAAACUACCAACUUGAUAGAAAAAACAGCACAUGAAAAUCAGACUGACAAAGCAGAAAUUUCACACCAGGAAGCCCUAGCAGAAAAUGAGGAAUUGCACAGUACUGACAAGCAGUUAAAUCGAAAACCUUGGGAAGAAAGAUAUGAAAGAAUGUGGGUUGAAAAUGAGAAAAGGGAAUUGAAAACAAAUUUUAAAAACAUUACAGCAGAGCUGAAGCAGCUGUUUGGUGAAAUUAAUGAAACUGGGAAAACUAUUUCCCUUGUGGAGGAAAUGUCAGAAGAUGGCUUCAGAGAAGAAUUGAGAAGUUCUCGUGUUGUUUCAUCUUGUGCAACAGAAUCAAGUAAUAGGUUAGAAAGUAAAGAUGAGUUUGGAGAUAUUGAACUUACGCUAGGUGGAAAAGAACCCAAAAUGGGAAUUGUAAUUCCGAGUCUUGGUGUCCUUCCUGAUCAAAAUAACUUAAAUGCAAACAUUGAAGAUGCCUGGAGUACAGAUGAAGAAGACAGCACAAAUGAUACAGAUAAUACAAAGGUGCCUCUAGCAAAAGGAGAGGAAAAGAAAAUGCCUACUAUGGAAAUGGAAGAGAAUGAAAAUGGAAGUAGUAGAAAUGUAGAGGGAAGUCCUGAAUACUGCCUGAGACAUAGGUUAAAAACAAGUAUUUUGGAUGAUGUUUCUAAUAUUCUUCCUCAAAUAAGACCUGUUUCUACAAGUGAUGAAAAUACGCUUUUUGUAACAGAAAGGAAACUUGGAAAAGACUCUGGAUUUAAUGAUGAUGUUUCCAGGGGCUGCCUCAUCAACAAUAAUACAAUAGGAGAAACAGAAAUUGACAGUCUUUUUGCAAAUGCUCAGCAAUCGUGUGGCAUGCUGAAAAGGAAUCUUGAUGAAGAACUAAAACAAGAUAUGGAAAGAUUUAAGAGUAAGGUAGGAAUGCUGCAAAUAGUAUUCCUGGCUUUGGAGAAAGAGAAGGUGCAGCUGCAAAAAGAGGUUGAGAAGGAAAAAAGCAAACAAAUGCAGGCGGUGGCAAAACAGGAAGAUCCUGAUAAAUUAAAUACACCAGCAGGCAACUUUACUAAUCAGCAAGUGAAACAAAAGCUUACUCUGAGGAAGAGUGACUGUUUGAAAACGGAGCAUGAAAACACUAUAGAAGAAAAAGACAGAAAGAAUUUUUCUUCUGAGGAGACAUCAAAAUUGAAUAAAAUGCCGAUGAAAGGUAAACUUGCCCUGAGUGUCAAAGUUGCAAAGAAAAAUAAAAGACAGGCUUCAAAGCAGAAGGCUAAUCAGCAGAUGAGCUCUUCCAGUGGGAAUAAUUUUCAAGUACUGGAUGAUAGCACUUUCAGUGAAACAUCUCAAGAUGAAAGAAGACCUGCAGCAAAAACAGAGAGUGAAAAGAACAAGGUCAGCAUACAAAUGGAUGUAACUGAUGACCUUGAUUUAACUCACUCAUCUGACACAACUUCAGAGGAUGUCGAAUUACCAACUGCAACCUACAAAGAGGCUAUGUUGCUGUUAGAACAGCUUAGUGUGGAUCAUACGGGUUCUGCUAUUUUGUUGAAAAUUCAAAACAUACUUCUUGAAUAUGAACAGAUAAUAGAACGUGAAAAAAAUCGGUAUACAGCUGUCUGGAGAGAAGUAAAGAAAUUGGAAAGUGAAAAGGAGGAGUCACAGUUAGUAGCAGAAGAGACACAAGAUUUGAAGUCCAUAUUGGCUCACCAAGAAGUGGAAUGGAAAAGUGAUAUCCAAAGCCUUAAAUUUACUUUGAAACAAGAGGAGGAAAAGAGGCUCAGAGUAGAAAUGCUAUAUGAGAAAACAAGAGAAAAACUCAGAGGGAAAGAAGAUCAGUAUUGUAAAGAGAUGGAGGAGAAACAGCAACUUGAGUUACACUCAAGGAAUUUAGAAAUGGAGUUAAUAACAUUGAGAAAGCUCUUGAAACAGGUUGAAGAAGAGCGCGAUGAAACACAGAGACAGCUCUCUCAGGAAAAGAGUGCCAGAGCCCUGCAAGAAGGAAUUUUGAACAACCACCUUUGGAGACAGAAGGAGCUAGAAGAAGAGACAAGAAGUAGUAUAGGAAAAAAUUCAGAGGAAUCCGACACCGAGAGAGAAAAGGAUCUGUUGUUCAAAAAUCAGUUACUACAAGAUGAGAUUGCUGUGCUAAGAGUAGAACUUGAUCAAGUAAGACUUAGGCACCAGGAGGAAGAAGGAAAAUAUUUAGAGGAAAAUGAGACCUUGAAAGAAAAAAAUGAAGAUCUCAAAAAGGAACUUAAACUGAAUGAGGAAGCCUUAACACAAACAGUUAUUCAGUACAAUGGACAGCUGAACUUAUUGAAGACAGAAUCUGCAGUGCUAACUUCCAAACUUGAGCAGACAAAAGAAAGCAAAGACAGACUAGAGACAGAAAUUGAAUCAUUUCGUUCCCGCCUGAACACUACUGUUCAAGAACUUGAACGCCAUCAGUCAUCAAAAAGUGAUGUCGAACGAACGUUUCAGAGAGAACGUGAUGAAUGGCUUCGCUUGCAAGACAAGCUGCAUCAUGACCUCUCUGAUGUGCGAGAAACCAACAAGAGCUUGUCUCAGCAGCUGAGUAAAGCUGAAAGCAAAGCUAAUAGUCUAGAAAACGAGCUUCACCAGUUGAAACAAAUGCUCAGAGAAAAAACACUGCUUUUAGAAAUGACACAAAAAGAAUUAAGUCAAGCCCAGUGCCAGGCAAAGGAAUGUGAUCAUGCUCGACAACUUGAGAAGGAUCAAGUAAGCAAAUUUAUAAUAAAGCAGGAAUCCCUGCAGGAGCGAUUGGCCCAGCUCCAGAGUGAAAACCUUCUACUCCGUCAGCAACUGGAAGAUAUGCAGAACAAGGGGAUCAUCAAAGAAAAAGUAGUGAAUGAUGUGCAGGACCGGUUUAAUGAUAUUUUCAACAAACUCAGAGCUGAUACUGAAAAGCAAGUUUACCUAGUGGAAGAGAGAAACAAGGAAUUAAAUGCCAAGUGUACUGAUUUAAGAGAACAAGUCUUUAAAUAUGAGACUGACAAAGUAGAAAGAGAGGGCAUGGUCAGACAGCUGCAGCAGGAGCUUGCUGAUGCUCUUAAAAAGCAAUCUAUGUCAGAAGCGUCACUUGAAGUUACUACACGCUACCGCAGUGAUCUGGAGGAAGACAAAUUGCGCUUGCAAAAGGACUUGGAAAAGUUUAAAACCAAGCUGCGGGACUUGGAAGAACAGCAUCUUCAGUCUGAGCACUGUGUUCACGACUUGAAGGCUGCCUUGGACAACAAGGAAAGAGAAGUAAUAGCUUCUUCCCAGAAACUGCAGGACCUCCUGGUGGCGUCUUCUGGGACUAACUCUACUGUAAAACAACUGGAAGAACACGUGCAACGCCUUGAAAUUCAAAAUGCCAGACUGGAAGCCACAGUCCAGCAGCAAAGCAGUAGGAUUGAAGCCCUUCAGAGAGACCUGCAAGCCUCUGCCUCACUGCCUUCAAGGCCUCUAAAAGCAUCUAGUCAACUUGCAUUCUUUGUACUUGAACUGAAUCAGCAAGUUCUGUUCCGCUCCAAUGCAUCUAUGCAAAAGCAGAAUGUGCUGGCUCUGGCAUCAAAGGACUUGCACAGCAUAUGGGAAGACCAAGUUGGUGAACUUUCCCAGCAGCUGGAGACAGAGUCUAAGAAAUGCAUGCGGCUAGAAGCAGAAAAUCAGGAUUUGCGAGAAGAGUUGUCCGUCAUGCGUGGGAGCCAUGAAAAACUGGAGAAGAGCAAAUGCCAGCUGAAAGAAGAGGUGGCUACCCUGAGACAGCGCCUGGAGGCUCACAGGGUGGAUCACAGCCAAAUAGAACAAUAUAAGAGAGAGGUGGAAGAAGGAGCUUGGCAAGAAGUGAGACAAAAACUACAAGAAGUCAAUCUAUUUUUGCAGGCGCAGGCAGCCUCCCAGGACAGAUUGGAACAAAUCAGAGCCAGUCAUCACGCUUCGCUGAGAAACCAGCUAAAACACAGAAUUAGAGAUCUCGAGCAUGAAUUGGACAGGAUAAAAAAUACCCAGCAAGACAGUGUUUUUCAAAAAGGAUCCACGCAGGCAGAAGUGGAAAGGUACAAAGAGCUGUAUCUGGAGGAAGUAAAAAUUAGAAGAUGCCUAGCAAAUAAACUGGAAAGAGCUAAUGAGAGACUAGCAGAAGCCAACGCCAAGCUCCUCCAGGAGCGCCACAGAAGCAAAUCUUUAAUUGCGAGCGGCAUUGUCAGUGGAGGUCUGGCUGCAAGUCCAGUUCUGUAUUCAACUGAACUGGGACAUCUUGGCAACAAUUUGGCACUGCACAGAAGUCUAAGUCUAGGAGGAAGCUUCCUAAGCCCAACCGGGAAUGCAUUAUCGUCAAGAAACAGGGUUGAAGCCUAUGUGGCUAAGGUACGGCAGGAACUGGAUGAAAAAAUCAGAAAGGAACUUGAACAGGCCACUGCUGAGCUUGAAACGGGAUCUGCUGGAGCUUCUCCCAUCGUAUCCACUGAUGGUUCUUCAAAAAAUUCCCAUGUUGACCAGGAUCCCCUUCGCAGGGCGAUACAGGAGUACCGUGAUGUUUUAACCAAAAAUUACCUGCUUUGAAUAAAAUGAUAGGGGAAAGGCUCUGGAAAUCAUUUUGUUUACAUAGUGUAUGUACGGUUUCCCAAUCCACAGUUCAGAUGUGAAAAUGUGUUGAUUGCAGUCUGAAUAUAAAUUCUUUUAAAUGGAUGUCAAGCACAUUGCACUCACCUGUUGGUUAAUUGAUGCAUAGUUGUUUUAUUUUGCACUCACAAUAAGAACCAUAUCUAUUUUUUUCUGACUAGCAGAUUGACUAAUCUUGAUUCUCAAGGUUGACAGAACUGUCAAAACGUUUUGCAUUAAGGUAGAUGCAUUGUUUUGCUCCACUUGUGUUCUGGGUUUAAACAAAGGCAUCCCCUUUAUUCUGUGUAAUCCUUCCACUCUAUGUGUUUUUAAUGUUUCCAGUGUUUAUUUUACUGCUUCGGACAUUAUUUGAUGUGCUUUGAGCCUGCUGCUUCGGUCCUGAUGCAGUGAGUGCUUCUGCUGAUAAAGUUUUACCAGUGUUCAAGCUGGAGAAUAGGGCACUUUACAUUGCUGUCACUUUAUGCGCCUUAGCUUUAAAACUACUGUUUGUGUCUAGUAGUGCCAAGACAGUUGUGACGGGGUCUUUUUGGUGUAUUUGGGUUGUAUCGCAGAACCACAGAAUGGGUGAGGUUGGAAGGGACCUCUGGAAGUG